AUGAUUCAGAAUCAGCUGGCUUCCAUCUCCACAACUAUGGCUAUGGAUCUUGGACUGGACAAUCUCAAGUUGGUUAGCAGAGUUCAAGGCAAAUGGAUUCGUGUGGAGGCGCAACGUGCCUGGACUGGCUGUUUUAUUCUAUCCGCAAGUCUUUCUUUGAUUUUGAGACGUCCCAAUCCAACACCUUGUUUCGCAAAGCUUGACGACUACAUAUUCGACUUGCAACGAAACAAUGCAUCACCCACAGAUGCCUUCCUGUGCAAGCUUGUAACAACGGAGCUUCUCUGUCAUACCACAGAUCAAGAGCUAUGCUUGAGCAAUCCUGUCCAAGCGGUAUCUGCGCCAAGUCCGAAAACAAUGGCGAUAUUUCAACCCAUUCAGACUCGAAUCGACAUGCUAGCUCUCGGCCAAUCUCAUCAGUUGGAAAGAUCUCUUUUUGAAUUCGGCAGGCUUGCGAGCUCACUGUAUAUGCAUGAGCUGGCUUUACACGUCAACAACAACACCGACGAGUUCAAGGCUCCCUUUUCUGCGAAGUCUUUGAAGACAUGUAGCUUCAUCGAUAUGCAAGAUUCUUCUAAUCUGUCAAUGAUCCGCGCCAUAAUAAUGGCGUCACAAGGACUCCUGGAAAUUUUCCUUCAGUUCUCCAUUUCCGAAAUGCUUACUUUACCACCUCAUAUUUAUGGUGGUCGCGUGAUAUACGCAGUCAUACUACUAAUGAAGAUACACAAAGCAAUCACGACAUUCGCAAAAGGAGUUGGCGACUUGAUUCAAGCUGAUACGUUGCACCUGGAAGCGUACCUUGAGCAGUUGGUCAUCACUUCAAAGUGCCUCAUAACGGAGGAUGGACGCAGCGCUUUGAGUAGAGCAUUCCUGAUCAUGCACCAACUGAUAGAGCAGUUCAAAAGGCCAUCUAAAGCAAAUGAAGCUCCAACAAUGGACAGAAUUCCAACCAAGAACGGCAACGGGCAAUUGAACACUGCUUCUCCGAGGCCAAUGGUGGUUCCCAGCGGCUCGUCUACUGCUAUUCAGGCGCCGGAAAAUAAGUCAACCCCAGGUAAUUCAAGAUCGCUUGAUGGACCUGUGUGUCAAUUGGAUGAGCUUAUCCAACCUGCUAUACCUCCCUCUCUUCCUGUCACACACAGUGAGGAUACUAGCUUUGGAAUAUCUGGGCCUGCAGUGGCAUCUGAUACUUGGUUCUGGGAAUUCUUCAACAUUGACAUGCUUAAUUAG